UUUAUUUUAGUUUAUAAACAACUCUCUCUCUCUAUCUCUCUCUAUCUCUCUUUCUGUGUUGUUGUUGCUUAAGAAGAUAGCUGUUUUGUAUGAAAAGUCAGCGACUAUCUCUCUCUCUCUCUCUCUAUGUAUCUGUCUCUCUUUCUCUCACUUGUAGAAACCAUUCUCUAUCUUUUUUUUGUUACUGAAAGAGAAGAGCAAGAAUCAAGAAUCAAGAAUUCAAGAAUUCAAGAGUCAAGAAUCAAGAAUUCAAGAAUUCAAGAAUCAAGAAACUGCAUAUCUAGCUCCUACCUUGGAAAAUUCCCUUUUUUUUCUUGUUUUUAAUUUCUUUUCUUAAUUUUCUUGCUUCUUCUUAAUCACUAAAAUAAACCCAUCUUCCAAAAACCAAUUAUAUCCCACAAUUUUGCAUGCCUUCUACGUUUUGUUGGGUGCAAGAAGUUAUACCAGACUAUGUACAUAAACUUACUUUCUUCAUGUUCUUGAAUUAAUAUAGUAUGUGCAGUUUCUUUGGUUUGGAUAUGGACAACUAUCAAGGUGAUUUAACAGAUAUACUUAGAGCCAGUGGUGGAGCUUUAGGCCAAUCAGAUGUAUCCAACUGGGAAUUUCCAUGUGAUCCACUCAAUCUUUCUUCUUCUUCUUCAUCGGCAGCUGCAGUAAUGGAAGAUUCCAGAAAUAAUAAUAGUAAUAACAGCAAUAUUUUUGGUGAUCCUUUUUGUAAUAUGAGAGAUCCACUUCUUCAUGAGCUAAACGUCGCUGUUUCAGGUUCUACCUAUUUUAGCUCUCCAAAUCCUACAGAUCAUCAUUUGCUUACUCCUACUUCUACUGCUGCUACUCCUAUUGUUGUUCUUGAUGACACUAGAAAUGAUAUCAAUAACCAGAAUAUUAAUCUUGCUCGUAAAGUCUUUGAAGAUCAAGAAAUGAGUAAAAGCUUAUUUUCGCGGAUUCAGAUCUCACAGAAUGAUAACAAUAGUGACAAUCCUACUAGGUUGCCUGUCUCAUCUUGUGAUUCUGGUGUUAUAGCUGCUUCUUCGCGGGGCUUUAAGCCUGCUCCUAUGGUUUCAAUUGAUAUGAUUAAUACUAAUAGCUCUUCAAAAGGUUGUUUGAUUGAGAAUCCUGGGCCAGUGCAGAUCUCAUCUCCGCGGAAUCUGGGUAUCAAGAGAAGGAAGAGCCAGGCAAAGAAGGUGGUUUGUAUUCCAGCACCAGCAGCUGCAAAUAGCAGGCCUAGUGGAGAAGUAGUUCCAUCUGAUUUAUGGGCAUGGAGAAAGUAUGGUCAGAAACCCAUCAAAGGUUCUCCUUAUCCAAGGGGAUAUUAUAGAUGCAGCAGCUCAAAGGGAUGUUCAGCAAGGAAACAAGUGGAGCGAAGCCGGACCGAUCCUAACAUGCUAGUUAUAACCUACACUUCUGAGCAUAACCAUCCAUGGCCAACUCAAAGAAAUGCUCUUGCAGGAUCAACAAGGUCACAGCCACCAAAGAACAUUGGUGCUACUUCUUCAAAGAGCUCAACAAGCUCUCUGCAGGCUGAAAAGACAGGAAAUGCAAAGGAAGAAUAUAAAGAAAGCAGUAGCAAUGAUACAUUUUCUCCUACAAUGGUUUCAACUGCUUGUGGUAGUAGCUCAACAGCAAUAAAGGAGGAGAUCAAUGAAGAAAUUGAAAAGCAAUUGGAGAUGGAUAAUGACACUGAAUUAAGUGAAGGAGGUUUUCCUUAUAGACCUGCAAUGGCAGCAGAGUCGAGUCUGCAACAAUCUGAAGAUUUCUUUGCUGAUUUGGGUGAGAUUGAAGCAGACUCACUUGAUCUUUUAUUUAGCCAAGGAUUUAAUGCUACUAGUGGAGAUCAAGACCAGAAAGACGGCAAAUCCUUGGAUCCAUAUGGGUUCUUCGAUUGGUCAGGAAACAUAAACAAUAAUAUUUCAUUUGGUGAAGCCAAGAAGGGUUUAUAACAAGACCUUGAUCGAUGAUGAAGAACAAGAGAAUAACAUAUUCCACUCACUUAAAACACUAGUUCCUCUCUUAUAGAAAUUGUAGUUAUUUUUGUGAAAUUUCUAUUACACAUCAAGGUCCUGGUAUAAACCCUUGUCUUUAGGCUUUUCAAUUUGAUGAUGUCCUAGGGUUGGCUUGGAGGCUGGAGAUUUUCCUUUUCGUUUUUACUUUUUUUCUUAUCUAAUGUUAAAUUCUUAAAAGAAUGGUGGUUCAUCAUAGACCCUUUUUCAUAAAAUGAUAUUUAUCUGAUAAAUAUAUUUUGAUUUCAUGUACUA